AUUGUUCGUAAUCAGAGUUAUAAACUGCGAGUCUUUAAAUAUAAAAUUACCAUUAAUAAACUUAUAAAAAUCAUGAACUGUAUUACAGUGUCUUUGAAGAGUGGUGUGCGUACCUUGCAGUUUAACAAUCCUAAAAAGAAAAAUGUUUUUAACGUUGAAACCUUCAGAAAGAUCGCUGAAAUCUUAACAAAAGAUGUCUCGAAUGACGACGUGUCUGGGACAAUCCUCACCGGUACUGGAGACUAUUUUACAAGUGGAAGCGACCUAUCGCUCGCACUUAAUCAUAUGAACAACGUGGAAGGCGCAAUUGGCGAAAGUCUGUCAGCAUAUAAAGAGAUGACCGAAACUAUGAUCCGAUACCCCAAACUUCUUGCAGCGUUGGUAAAUGGUCCGGCAAUUGGUAUUGGCGCGACCAUGUGCGGUCUCUGCGAUUUAGUUUAUGCGACGGAAAACGCUACAUUCACGACGCCCUUCGUUAAAUUGGGGAUUUCAAUUGAGGCAUGUGCAAGUGUUCUGUUCCCAAAAAUCAUGGGCUCUGCAAAGGCGAACGAGAUGCUCUUAUUGGGACGGACGUUUACAGCGAAAGAAGCUUUGCAAGCGAACCUCGUAUGUAGAGUUAUUCCUCAAGCAGAUAUCGAGAGUUUCAAGGAGGAUCUGCAUAAGAAAAUAGGAGAAUUGAAUGUUGCGGGUUUUAUAAAUAAUAAGAAACUGAUGAAAGAGAGCACGCAGCAAGAGCUUCUUGAAACAUUUCUGAGAGAAAACAUUUAUAUCGAAAAAUCGUUGAAAUCUGAGAGUUUUAUGAAAAGCAUGCUCGAAUUCGCUAAGAGAAAAAAAAAUGCGUAGUUUGCUCAAUUCAUUCAACGUUGGAAACAAAUAUAGAGAAAAUCAAUUUCAUUUCAACAUUGUAUAAUAAAGUGUCUUGUUUUGUCUUGCGACGACUGCCGACGUUUAACAAGAUGUUGUUUUUCUCAAUCGUAGUCUUUUUUCUAAAUUCAUGGAUAAUUUCUAUCUACCAGAAAAAUCAAAUUAUAAAUUUGCAU